AUGAAGACUCUCAACGGUCUCCUCGAUGCCAAUGGCAAGCCCGGAGAGAUCGAGGUUUCCCUGAAAGGUGGCGAGAAGGAGUUGAUAGAGUUCACCAAAGAUGAGGUAUUAACAGCAGGCAGCACAUCCAAGUGCUUUGUUCUUACUGCGCCCGGUGACCUUAUCAGCGUUGACAUUAGAGCUGGCGCACACACAGCUGAUGUCUUCGACCUCGAGGUUGAUGGUAUUCUUCGGACUUCCAUCUCAAGUAAGGGUUUGGCCAAGGCCUUCCAUGGAACUAUCAAUAAGGUUUGCUUCCAGGGUAUCAAGAAUAAAUCCGAUGCAGCGCUUACUCGAAACGGAACCACAUCAGCUGUAAGCAGCCUUGUUGUUAAGGCAUGGCGCAAGAAUGCGGAUGCACAAAGGUUAAUUGAAGCUGCUGAUGAAGCUGCGCCUGCACUCAAUACGUACGAAGAAUACGCGACGUGGCAGGAGUUGAAAAAUCAUAUUAGCAAAGAAGGACCCCUACCUCCAUUCCAAAUUUGCUUUGUCGACUCGACAAAAUUGACGAAGAAGCAAAAGGACAAGAUGGACGAGAUCCAUAAUCGCAAGUCUGAAGAUUAUACCCUCUUUGCCACUCUCAUAUUCUCCCUCCAAUCAACUGACAACCUUGAAACCCUUGGCUUCGAGAACGUACCUACAUAUACUCCUGUCCCACCUCCUCCCAAGGCUCCCAGAGCUAAGAAAGGACCGAAAGCUAAGAAGUUUCAAGCCGAUGAAAAUGAUGAGCUAGAGGAUGAUGAAGCGUCAGUUGUCGAGGGCGAGGAGCGAAAGAAGGAAAAGAAGGUUCCUAAGACGUCUCUUUGCGAAAAUGAGUCGGCGGUAGGCAGCCAAAGCUCUCCCAAAAAGCACACUGGUGGAGAGGCUUCUGCGAGCAAUUCUAAUCCGACGGCCAAUUCUCGCACUAUUGACAAUACCUACGUCCCAAAAGCCCCACAAGAGAAUGGAGUCGGAGAGGACAUCGAGCCCAACCCUGCAGACGAAAUUCUGUCAGCCAAUAAGCAAAAAGAUUUAGUCCUCCAUGGUGAGGUCGGUGGCCCAGCUCGCCGAGCUUUCCUUGCAAAAGGCGAUACACCAGAAAUCGAGUCUCUGUCCCAAGUUAAUCCUACUAAAUCGAUUACCGAGACGACUGAGAUAGCAACCGAGAAUAGUUUUACGGCUAUUCAUUAUAAUAAGGCUCGAGCAACUUCCCCCAUCCACGAAAGUACCGAAUUUGAGCCUUUGACCCCGCCAGUCUCGGCCAAGAAACCCUUACCAGAGAGAAAUAACCUCGAAUUCGGCCAUCCUCUUACUAGCGAUCAAACUCAUACCCUCCCGCUCGGACAAUAUAUCUCAAUCGAUUCGAACAAGUUGAAUACAUUUUCCCAAGCUACUGCAGCAUUAACUCAAGAUAAAUCUAGCAAUUUAGAAGUGCCUAGCAUUCAAGAACCUUUACUCAAUAUCGAAAAGAUAAUCAAGGAUCUCAAAGCACUAUCUCAAGAAUCAGAUCUAGCUAGAGCCUCUUCACCAGCACUCUCGGAAGCCACAGAAGUUGCGGACCCCAUGGAAAUCAUGGAAAGUGUCAAGAAUAGCCAAAGAGUUAGCUAUGGCAGUCACGAGGUUCAAUAUGACUACCCCCUGUCCCACCAAAAUGACUUCCACCGAGAGGGCGAGGAGCCCGCUACUCUAAUAGAUUCUUUUAGCUUUUCACAAAGUGAGAAGCGAAAGGCCGAAGCCAUGGCUGGCCGAUCGGAGUAUAAAGAGCCAAGAAAGACUACCGUUGCUCCCUCUAUGGGAAAGACUAGCCUUGAAGAAAAAAUGAUAAAGGCGAAGGCGAAACUUGCGGCCGCAACUGAGAGAAAUCGUAAGCUGGAGGAGGAGAGACGGGCUGCGAUGGUCAUUAAGAAGGAGCAUGAUGAGGUUGAGGCGUUGCUUCGAAAGGCUGAGGAAAUGGAGCAAACGAAUGCGGAAUUGGAGGCAGAGAUCGUUGCCCUCCUCGGCAGUGGCUGUAACGCCUGA